AUACAGUCCAUUGUAUUUGUGAACUAAUUUAUAAUUUAUGGAUUUUAAUAUUUAAUUUUUGUAGUUUAAUUAUCCCCUUAAAUAAGUGGUAUUGAGAAUAUUUAUGACAAUACUGAGUAUUGUCAUCUUCCUAUUAAUUAAUGUUUCCUCUGACCCUAUAUCGAAUUUCUCUAAACCAGCAACUCCUCCAAAAUAUUUUGCAAUAGAUAUUGAUGGUACAUUCCAUAUAAAAGAUGAAUCAAAAUUCAAGAAAAACGUCGAAGCAUUCAAACGACUCAAACAAAAUAAUAUAACUCCCUUUUUCUGUACAGCGAGGGAUACAUUUUGUGUGAAAAAACUAUUGGGAGAUUCCUUCUCUAAUGAGUCUGGAUAUAAUUUUUAUCCAGGAGUUUAUUCCAAUGGAACACUUGUUUAUGACUCUGAUGGGAACUUGAUAUCAGAAUUAAAGUUUGAAGAUACCCUUUUAGAAAAAUUUAUUCAAUAUUUUGAAGACAAUGGUCUUAAAGAUAAAACAAUGUAUUUGACUAAAGACGGAUUUUUAUCCCUUGAAGAAUUUUUCGAUGAUGGUAAAAAAAUUUUGGAUAAUCUGAAGUACGAAGCACCAACAAAGAUUACGAAGGGUGAAUUAAAACAAAAAGAUGUUGUAUCAAUAGAUGUAUUCAAGAUUGGUUUAACCAAUUGCGACUUUAUCAAUCAAGUAUACUCGAUUGAAUUUUCGAAGGAAGGCCACACCCAGAUAACACCUUCUGAAUGUAACAAAAAAGCAGGUCUUGCAAAAUUGCUAGAAAAUCUAGGCUCAAACGAAACUGAAUGUGCAUUUAUUGGUGAUAAUUUGAACGAUAUAGAAGCAAUGGAAUAUUGUUCCAUUUCAUUUGCAGUUGGAGAUGCAGUAGAUGAAGCUAAAAAUAAGGCCAAGUGGUUGUUAGACUUAAACCAUGAUGAUUGUGCCUUUGAAAAGGCGGCAAAUCUUUUGGUGGAUUAAUUGUAAAAUAUUAUACACAAAAUACAAACGCAAUGCAGUUCAUUAAGUUUACUAACAUAAUUUUUACGAAAAGGUAAAAAGUCAAAUUACUAAAAUAAAAAUUUUAAUAUAAACCUCCCACCAU